ACCCUUAUAUAUAAAGCUUCGUUGCAAAACUCUGAAACCCUAAUCACGCUCGCAGACGCAGUGAAGUGAAAAUGGCGGUCCCUUUGCUCACCAAGAAGAUCAUCAAGAAGAGGGUCAAGAGGUUCAUCCGCCCUCAGAGUGAUCGCAAGAUCUGCGUCAAGCAAAGCUGGCGCAGGCCCAAGGGUAUUGACUCUCGGGUCAGGAGAAAGUUCAAGGGUGUCACUUUGAUGCCCAACAUUGGUUAUGGCUCAGACAAGAAGACCCGCCAUUAUCUGCCCAAUGGUUUCAAGAAAUUUGUUGUGCACAAUGUGAAGGACCUUGAGCUUCUCAUGAUGCAUAACAGGACAUACUGUGCCGAGAUUGCUCACAAUGUUUCUACCAGGAAGAGGAAGGACAUUGUUGAGAGAGCUGCUCAGCUUGAUGUUGUGGUGACAAACAAAACUGCCAGACUUCGCAGCCAGGAGGAUGAAUAGAUCUGAAUGUUAUGGAAAUUUAUUUAUGUUUUGUAGUGAGAUUCGGUUGACACCUUUGAUUUGGAUCAAUUUUGUUGUUUUUUCCUCAAAACCAGUUGCUACAUUUAGUAUGUUGCUUGUUAUCUUGCUAUCACAAUACUUUCUAUCCUUAUUUUGAUAAUCUUGGUUAGAUUUUAAGUUCAACA